CGAAUAUGCAUUUUGAAUCAUCCAUACAAAUUGCCCAACGUUUAAAUCGUACGGUAGUCUUGCCAAAUGUUGGCGGAUCAAGAAUGCAUGUAUGUCGACCAUUCCCAUUUUCAUUUUAUUAUGAUAUAGAUGGAUUACAACAAAUCUUUCCUACAGUACAAUUUAUAACUCAACAAGAUUUUAUGAAAUGGACGAAAGAAUUAGAAGAAAAACCUGAUACAUUUCAUGCUCAUAUUGCACCAAGAGGAAAACCAUUUUUUGUUGAAAAUGAAGAACCUAAAAUUAAUUAUUUAAAUAAUAGUGAAUGUUUAAUUUAAAAUUAAAUUCUAAUAUAACAUUUAAAAGAAUUUAUUUAGGUGUAAAUGUUUU